CUUCCCGUAACAGACACCGGACUAAUUAAACCUGGAUUAAUUACGCGCGGGUACCAGUCAACUCCUUCCACGUGGAACCAUCCUAACAGAUAAGCGCAGUACACCCCCUGCUCAGUCUUGCACUGGGUGAUAUAGUUUUAUAAUCAUCACAAUCGCCCCUCCUCGCUGAAAGGUCAGAGAAUUUGAGGGAGAAAAUCCAGCAGCUGCCCGCACUUCACAGUCGCACUGGAGAAGCCAAGUCGAUAGAGCAAUGGUGACGAAAUGAAGCUUUCCCGACGGUUCUAGCUUCAUCUCUCCGUGUGAGAACCGGUGGAAGAAGUUGUGUUUUGUGGUAGAUUGUUGUUUUGGAUGGUUGUGGAAGAAGCUUCUGGUUCCGGAAAAUGAUGGGUCGGUCUCCAUUUGCUAGAGCUGGAGGGUUUAGGCCUGAGAAUUUGGGUCCCAGUGCCCUUGCCUUGAUUGGGAACCUUUGCUUUACGUUUUUUGUGCUGGGAGUGUUGAUCUUUACUAUCAUUGCCGCCACCUAUGAACCUGAAGACCCGUUGUUUCACCCGUCGACAAAGAUCACUACAUUCCUCACAUCCAAAUCCAAUGCCACUUUCAAAUCCGAUGACACCGUGGUCAAGACUGGUGAGAAUUUCUUGGCUCCCAAUCAAACAGAGAUUGGCAACUUUAUCAGUAUGACUGAUGUUGUUAACUUGAGCGAGGGCGAUAACUCGAUCACUCAGAAUUCUGAAGCAGAAUCUGCUAGUUGUGAGGGUCCCAUUGAUUGCAGGGACCCGGAAGUGUUCCAUUUGAUGAUGAGGGCCACCAUAGAGAAGUUUAAGGAUAUUCAUUUUUACCGGUUUGGGAAACCAGUGCAGGGUUCGGAUGGUAACAGUUGUGAUAUGGCAUGGCGGUUUAGGCCUAAGGAAGGGAAGACUGCUUCUUUUUACAAGGACUAUCGGAGAUUUAGCAUUUUGAAGUCUGAGAAUUGUACUCUUAGUGUGGGUGAUAUUGGAGAGUACCAUACUGGAGUAAAUGCCAGGAAGAGGAAGAAGAAGGCCGGGUUUGAUAAGCAAGGGAAGACAGAGGCCGGGUUUGAUAAGCAAGGGAAGACAGAGGUGAAUUCCUUGCCAGUUGUUGGGGAGGUUGUGAAUGAUACCCUACCUGUGGUUGAGUCUGAAGGUUCAUUCAGUCAUGGGAAGUACUUAAUUUAUAGUGGUGGUGGAGAUAGGUGCAAGAGCAUGAACCAUUACUUGUGGAGUUUCCUGUGUGCUUUAGGUGAAGCUCAGUACCUGAACCGAACUUUGGUCAUGGAAUUGACUCUUUGUCUGUCUUCGAUUUACACUUCGUCAAAUCAAGAUGAGGAAGGGAAGGAUUUCAGGUUUUACUUUGACUUUGAGCAUUUAAGAGAGUCUGCAUCUGUAUUAGAUGCAAAGCAGUUUUGGACAGACUGGGAAAAAUGGCAGAAGAAAGACGGUUUGGGUAUGCAUCUUGUAGAGGAUUAUAGGGUCACACCUAUGAAACUUAAUGAUGUCAAGGAUACUUUGAUUAUGAGAAAGUUUGGAUCUGUGGAGCCAGACAAUUAUUGGUAUAGGGUGUGUGAAGGGGAGACAGAGUCUGUAGUACAACGACCAUGGCAUUUGGUGUGGAAAUCGAGAAGGUUGAUGGAUAUAGUGUCUGCAAUCGCAUCAAAGUUGAACUGGGAUUAUGACUCUGUGCACAUUGAGAGAGGGGAGAAAGCACAGAACAAGGAGCUUUGGCCUAACCUUGAUGCAGAUACUUCACCUAGUGCACUUCUCUCAACCCUGCCAAACAAAAUUGAAGACGGAAGGAACCUCUACAUUGCAACAAACGAGCCAGAUACAUCUUUCUUUGAUCCUUUGAAAGACAAGUAUACCACUCAUUUCCUCGACGAGUACAAGGAUCUUUGGGACGAAAGCAGCGAGUGGUACUUUGAUACCACUAGGCUCAACAAUGGAGUUCCUGUUGAAUUUGACGGUUACAUGAAGGUCUCGGUUGAUACAGAAGUAUUCUUGAGAGGGAAAAAGCAGAUAGAAACUUUCAACGAUCUCACCAAAGACUGCAAGGAUGGUAUCAACAGUUGCAGCACCGCGACCAGCUGAUCCCCGCAAAUUAAUUUUCAGACUUCGCCAUUUGCUACAUUGCCGAUAUCCACGUGUACUGUUUAGCUAUUUUUCUGUUCUGCAUUUGAGAAUUUGUAAGCCUAAACUGAUAGUUUUAGAAUUAAGUAGCUUUUGUCAUGAGUUUGUACUUGUAGAAAAAGCACUAUCAAUAUCUAUCACUUCGAAUUUCACUAGUGUGCACUUGAACUUCGGUUUUGUUUGAUGUCAAUGUCUUAUGUAUUGAAUCAUGUGAUCUUCUGGUGUGGUGUUGCUCCAGAAUUUGUUUUCUUCGAUAAAUAGUUGAACUUUUUCUUUUA